AUGGCAAAGGGUCGUUUGAAAAGUCUGGAAAGGCGCAUGGAACGUCACCCAGAACUUUCCCUAAAUGUACAGCAACAGAUAGCGGCUUACAUAGAAAAGGGAUAUGCGCACAAAGCGACGUCUGAAGAACUUCGACGAACAGACCCCCGACACGUGUGGUAUCUUCCACUGGGUGUGGUAACUAGUCCAAAAAAUCCUGGAAAACUUAGACUGAUUUGGGAUGCCGCAGCAAAGGCGCAAGGUGUUUGCAUCAAUGACAUGCUACUCAAAGGACCCGAUCUGCACGUGUCGUUGAUAGCAGUAAUCCUUAGAUUCCGGGAACGCAGUAUCGCAGUUUGUGGUGACAUCUGCGAAAUGUUCCACCAAAUCGUGAUUCGACCAGCUGAUAAACAAUACCAACGUUUUUUGUGGAGAAACAAUCCUGCCGAAGAAAUCGGCAUAUACAUAAUGGAUGUCGCCACGUUCGGUGCCACAUGUUCACCCUGUUCGGCACAGUUUAUUAAAAACAGAAAUGUUGAAGAACAUGUCGCGGCCUACCCACGAGCUGCCAAAGCUAUUAUUGAAAACCACUAUGUGGAUGAUUUUCUUGAUAGCACAGAUACGGUGAAGGAAGCAAUUCAGCUCGUAGAUCAAGUCAAAACUAUACAUGCAGCCGCUGGGUUCGAAGUAAAGAAGUUCAAAUCGAAUUCACCGGAGGUUCUACAUGCAAUCGGAGAAACAGGUGUUUCGUCUGGAAAGCCAAUCAACUGCGACAAGCAUAUGACGGCCGAUCGAGUAUUGGGAUUGGUAUGGGAUCCAGUAAAUGACAUAUUCACAUUCGACGUAUCAUGUCUAAACAACCAAAUGCUGAUUAGUGGGUGUAUAACGCCAACGAAGAGGCAGGUGCUUCAGCUAGUUAUGAGAUUAUUCGACCCGCUAGGAUUUAUUUCCCAUUAUACCAUCCACGGAAAAGUUAUUAUGCAGGAAAUCUGGAGAAGUGGUGCUAACUGGGACGAUCCUAUCCCCGAACAUCUGCUAGAUAUGUGGUACCGUUGGUUGGAACUGCUAACACACAUCAAUGAAGUACGGGUGCCACGGUGCUACUUCGGCGAUAUGCCAUCCAAUGCCCUAAGAGAACUUCAGGUGCAUAUGUUCGUGGAUGCAAGCGAAUCCGCCUAUGCCUGUGCCGCCUAUGUCGUAUUAGAUUGUAUCGGAGGGCGACGAUGCACGUUAAUAGCUUCCAAAACUAAAGUGUCGCCACUUAAACCACUCUCAAUCCCUCGAUUGGAACUGCAAGCGGCUAUGAUGGGAACCCGCCUUAUGCAAUCCAUCUGCUCAUCAAUGACGCUCCCGAUAGACAAGAGAUUCUUUUGGACGGAUUCGAGCACUGUGCUGGCCUGGCUUCGUUCAGAUAGCCGAAAAUAUCAUCAAUUUGUCGGAUUUCGCGUUGGACAAAUACUCUCGUCUAGUAACAUCGAUGAAUGGAGGUAUGUACCCACCUGUCUAAAUGUCGCUGAUGAGGCCACGAAAUGGAAUUCUGGGCCAACAUUCCACGCCGGCAAUCGCUGGUUCUCCGGGCCGGAGUUCCUGUUGAAAAAUGAGAAGGACUGGCCUACUGAUACUGUUCAUUCUAAUAAGAGUACUACUUUGGAGGAACUACGUCCUGUGUUCCUGCACCACUGUACCGUAAUGCCACAACUCAUUGAUGUGUCCCGGUUUUCUAACUGGAAUCGGCUGUUAAGAGCUACUGCAAACGUGCAUCGUGCAAUUAGUAUUCUGCAAAAGAAGUUAACCUACAACGAAAGAUGUUCAGUAUUGCAUACACGUGAAAUUCAAGCAGCUGAAAGUACGCUAUUACGACAAGCGCAGGCUCAAAUCUAUACCGACGAAUUGGCUAUAAUGAUGAAUGACGGGACAAUUAGUAAAUCUAGUCCCCUCUAUCGUUUGAAUCCCUUUCUCGAUGCAGAUGGUGUUAUCCGGAUGGGAAGUCGAAUAGAAGCUGCUCCAGAGGCGUCAUAUUCUGCUAAAUUUCCUGUAAUUUUGCAUAAGCAACAUCCCAUCACUAUACUUAUCACGGAUAGCUCCCAUCGACGCCUACUUCACGGAAAUAACGAAACUGUGCACAAUGAAAUGCGACAGUCAUUUUACAUAGCUGGACUUCGAAAUCUAAUCAAGAAAAUAACAAGAAACUGUCAACGGUGCAAGGUGAGAAAUGCAACUCCGAGGGCACCAAUGAUGGCGCCACUGCCUAAAAUACGGCUCACACCUUUUAUACGUGCGUUUACAUUUGUUGGUGUGGAUUACUUUGGGCCACUAGAAGUAAAGGUAGGACGAAGUGUUGUGAAACGGUGGAUAGCCCUUUUUACGUGCCUCACAGUGAGGGCCGUUCACUUGGAGAUUACACAUAGCCUCUCUACACAGUCGUGCAUUAUGGCAUUCAGAAGAUUCAUUGCACGUAGGGGUGCACCAGUUGAAGUGUAUUCCGAUAAUGGUACCAACUUUGUUGGAGCCAAUCGCCAGCUAACGGAGGAACAACAGAUAAUGCAACACAAUAACCGUGAGUGCGCUACUACUUUCACGAAUGCAUACACCACCUGGCACUUCAAUGUUCCAGCUGCUCCACAUAUGGGUGGACUGUGGGAGCGCUUGGUGAGGUCCGUGAAAACGGCUAUGAAGGUAAUAUCUGACAACACAGUAUACGGCAGUGACGAGAUUCUGGAGACGAUACUUUUGGAGGCAGAGGGGGUUAUCAACUCAAGACCCCUGACGUACGUGCCAUUGGACGACGCAGAUGAUGAGGCUCUAACGCCAAAUCAUUUUCUUUUGUAUGGAUCAAGUGGAAUAAAUCAACCGGAAACAGCUCUGGUAGAUGAGAACAGUAUCCUACGAGAUCGCUACAAACUCACGCAGAAUAUGGUGGAUAAAUUUUAG